AGCGCGGCGGCGCGUUGAGGAGCACCGAGCCGGCAAGGGGAGCGGACUCCACCGCCAAGAUGCCUCCUCCUCUGCCCCCGGAGGACAUAACUCAGCGGAAAAGAUUGCAGUUGGACUAUUGCAAAGUGUUUUAAUUUUAGUUGAACUGUCAGCAGUUGAAAACACAUUCUGGUGGGAUGAUACUGAACAGAGAUUGAAGGUCAUUGGACUCAGUUUGUGAAACGUAGCAGAUCAAACACAGAAAGCAAAUGUAAACUCUCAAUCAGCAAAAGUCUACUUCUUCCGAUGUGAAAUCUGGUGAAUAUGGCAGCAACUUUGCAACAAAUUAACACAGUAACUGGAGUGGAGCUCGAACCACCUCCUCCAUCGCUGAAAGUAGAAUUCCAAACCCUUUUGACACCAGAAGCAAUCCAAUUCCUAGCAGAAUUGGUCUCUACUUUUGAUGCAAAUGUUGAUGAGAUUUUACAGUUGAGAAUUAUUACAAAACUGGAUCUGGAUCGUCGAUGUGGACUUCCUGGGUUUUUACCCCAUACCUCACACAUUCGACAGGAUCAAUCCUGGAGAGUUCAGCCAGUCCCUCGGAGAUUACAAAACAGACACAUAGAUCUUGGAGAUGUUUCUCCAGCCAAUACUGAACAUUUCAUCAGGGCCUUGUGCUCAAAUGCACAGGGCAUUCAGACAGAUUUUGAUGAUGGUCACUGUCCGACCUACUUUAAUCAAAUCCAAGGACUUUCCAAUGUGUACAAGGCAGUUCAUAAUCAGUUUCCAGAUAUACCACCUAUUUCAAAGACCCCCAUUCUAAUGCUAAGACCCAGAGCGUGGAACAUGGUCGAACAUAACAUGCUGGUUAAUGGAAAGGAGGUUCCAGGCCCUCUGUUUGACUUUGGAUUGCUGAUGUACCACAAUGGGCGAAUUUUGUUCGAAAAUGAAUGUGGUCCUUUCUUUUAUCUGUCAAAGGUUGAAAGCCAUUUGGAGGCCAAAUUGUGGAAUAAUAUAUUUGUCUGGGUUCAAAAGAAGUUGGGUUUGCCAAUUGGUUCUAUCAAAGCCACUGUCUUAAUAGAAAAUAUCUUGGCCACGUUUGAGAUGGAGGAGAUUCUCUAUGAGCUGAGAGACCACUCUGCUGGGUUGAACUGUGGAAUCUGGGAUUACUCUGCCUCUUUUGUAAACAAAGUUGGCUGUCGUCGGGAGUUCCUUUUACCAGAUCGCAGUAAAUACGUGAACAUGGAGAAACGAUUUUUGAAGAGUUACAUGAAUCUUCUAGUAAAGACCUGCCAUAAGCGAGGUGCUUUAGCCACUGGAGGAAUGGCAGCACUGUUACUGCCCCAGGAUAAGGAAAGCUUGGAGUACCAGAGAAUCAUAGCAAUUGUCACACGUUUGAAGCUACUUGAAAUCAAUGCUGGAGUUGAUGGAUUCAUGGUGUUUGAUCUGGAUCUGAUUGAGCCAAUGACAAAGCUGUUCCUGGAACACACAAAGGGACACAAUCAACUGCAUAUCCUAAGAGAAGAUGUAGAUGUGACUCUGAGUGAUCUGCUUACCAUGCCUUCUGGUGGGGUUACCUUGCAUGGACUAAAAUAUAACAUUGGAGUUGGCAUUCUCUUCAUAGAAGCAUGGCUAAGAGGUCAAGGUCACACUUACUUUCGGGGUCAGGUGGAGGAUUCAGCUACUGCAGAAAUUUCCCGAUCACAGGUUUGGCAGUGGAUUCGACAUGGAGUAAAAUUGGAGGAUGAUAAUAGAACUGUCACCAGAACCCUUGUCCAAAAGCUUGUAAAGGAAUUAGAAACCGAACUACAGGAGGUUUUGCACUGCUGCACCGACAGCUACAAAUGGCGCCUUUCCACUGCUUCUGAAAUAUUCCUCGAAAUUGUGCAAAAGCGAGAUUUCCCAGAAUUCCUAACUACAUAUCUGAACUUGGAACAUUCAUUUUUAAGUGCCAACCAUUAAUUGCAUAGAACAUGUGCUCAUAACAAUGCAAGAUAGUUAUUCCAAUAAAGUUUGUGUAUUCAAAAGAAAGUAAUAACAAAAACAUUUACUAAGGAUUUUAAUAGAUUUUUAAAAAUAUCUCAGGAUUAGCUUUACAUGCCAUGGUGUAAUAUUAAAUUUUUAAUGUUCAGAGUAAAACCUGCAAGCCUAGUGUAAACUUAAGUUUGCAAGUUCAUAUACUGAACCCUCUUAACCAAUGAUCAUUAUUUGCUACUGCUGCAGGAUUCAACUACUGGUACACACAAUGUAAUGCACUAUCUUUGCAAAUCUAGUAUUUUUAAAGGUUUAAGAACAGGAUAUUGUACUACCUAGUUAACUUUCACUUGACAGAUGAAUAAAGUAACACUUCUCCCCCACUA